AUGAUUUUUUGUUUAAUUUUUUUAACAAUUAUUAAAUUGUUGCUUCAAAAUGUUGUUAAUUGUCAAGAUAAUCUAGAUAUUAAUGAAAAUAUUAGAAGCAAGCGAGCUAUUCUUAAUGUAGCUAAAUGGAAAUGGAGAAAAUUUCCAAUAAAAUAUCAAGUAACAGAAGGUGUUAACUUACAACAUAUUUUAAAUGCAGUUGAAUUGAUACAAAAUGAAACAUGCAUAAGAUUUAAAAAAGUUUCAAAUUUAAAAGGUGAAGGGCUUAAAUUUAUAAAUAGUUUUAACUGCACAACAGAAAUUGGAAAACGUUAUGGUUCAAAGCCACAUAAAAUUUUCAUGCCAAAAUAUUGUCAAGAAUCUUAUGCUGUUGAAAGAUUGAUUCUCCAUGCCUUAGGAUCAAUAUACGAAACACAAAGACCUGAUAGAGAUAAAUAUAUUUCAUUUAUUAAACAUAAUACAAAAACUGAAUUAAUUCCAUAUAUGGAUGAAAUUCCAGGUUGCGCUGUCAAUACUUACAAUAUGGCUUAUGAUUAUAAAUCAGUAUUACAUAUUUCUCCAAACUUCUAUUCAGUACUUCCAGGACCAUUUUUCAAAUCAAAAAAAGCACUUCAUCAAAAUCAAAUUGGUUAUGUAUUACAUAUGAGUUUUAAUGAUGCUAAAGCUUUAAAUUAUUACUAUUGUAGUAAAAAAAUUGAUAAAAAACUAGGCUGCAAAAAUUAUGGAUAUUCAGAUCCAAAUAAUAAAAAAAAAUGUAAAUGCUUAAAAUUCUUUACUGGUAAUAAAUGUGAAAAGUUCAAAACAAACGAUAUUAAGGAAUGUAAAGUAAAGAGUGAAAUCAACGCCACACACAUUAAAAAAACAGUACGUUUACCAGUAGUUAAAGAGUGUUUCUGGCGUAUUAAAGCUCCAAAAGAUUAUUAUAUUAAGUUGAAAGUAUGGGUUACAGGUAAAAAGAAAGAAUGGUUGCAUUGCUCAACAUUACCAUAUGUUGAAGUUAGAUAUAUUAAAGAUAAGUCUGUUUCUGGUGCAAUUAUGUGUGGUAAAAUUAAUGGAGUUAAUAUAAAAUCAGAAGAUAAUUAUGUUUAUAUCCACAGUAAUAUGCAUAAACCUUAUUUGAAUCUAAAGAUACAAUAUCAAGGAGUAAAAAUUUGUAAAAAUAAAAAAGGAAAAAUAAUUCCAUGCCCACCUAGUUAA